CUUCAUGAUGUGGCUCCCCCUGCUGGUGGUGCUGUUGACUCUGCUCUUUCUGUACAGAUGGUACAGACAAAGCCUGAUACUGGAGAAUCUCUCAGAUAAAUAUGUACUGAUCACUGGAUGUGACUCUGGAUUUGGGAACCUGCUAGCAAAGCAGCUGGACCGGCAUGGAAUGCGGGUACUGGCAGCUUGUCUGACUGAGAAGGGAGCUGAGGAUCUGAAGAAGGAGACAUCCCACAGACUGCAGACAGUAAUCCUGGAUGUAACUAAUAGCCAGAGUGUGAGCUCUGUUGCCAAGUGGGUCACACAUGUUGUCGCUGACAAAGGACUCUGGGGUUUGGUGAAUAAUGCUGGAACUGGGAUGCCAGGUGCCCCCAAUGAGUGGCUGAAAAAAGAUGAUUUUAGUAGAGUACUGGAUGUAAACCUACUUGGCCUCAUUGAUGUUACCCUGAAACUCCUGCCACUGAUCCGAAAAUCUCAAGGACGCAUUGUUAAUGUUUCCAGUAUUGUGGGAAGGGUGACUAUCUGUGGAGGUGGCUACUGUAUCUCUAAAUUUGGCGUGGAAGCAUUUUCUGAUAGCCUGAGACGUGAACUGAGGCAAUUUGGAGUCAGUGUCUCCAUUAUAGAGCCCGGAUAUUUCCAGACCCAGUUGAAUAAUUUGGAUCAUAUGAAGAACUCUUUGCAGAACAUCUGGAGCAGCACCAGUCCAGAAAUUCACCAGAGUUAUGGAAUUCAGUACUUCCAUGAUUAUGUCACCGGUAUGAUGAAAACCUUUUUGUCCCUAUGCAAUACGGACCUAACCCCAGUGGCACGAUGCAUGGAGCAUGCUCUGACAGCUGUGCAUCCCUGGACACGCUAUUCAGCAGGAUGGGACGCCAAGCUUUUUUUUAUACCUGUCUCCUACCUACCCACUGUGCUCUCGGACUACCUGCUGACACUCUCUGCUCCUAGUCCAGCUCAGGCAACAUCUCAUUGAUAUAACCAGCGAUAACACCCUCGGCUCUUUUGUAUUUACUGUAUAUAAUUCACACUUUUCCAAAUUAUGUUGUGUUUUGUCAUUGAUUUGUUUGUCCUACUACAGUACUUUCAUACUCACCAACAGCCUCCCUAAAAUGCCAUGCUUAACUUCUCUUACCCUUAUUACCCAAGAAAUUGAAACAAUGCACAAUAGCCACAAGGCAAUUAAAAUAACACGUGGACUGCUUUAAAUUGACUAAUUCUGUAAAUGGAUGUGGUACUAAAUAAAUCCAUGUAACUGUGGUUACAGAUAAAAAUAGGCAAUACAUAUGUAUUAAAAAAAAUCCACCUAAUAUGUAUAUAGCGAGAAAGGGUAUUUUAACUUUAUUUGCAGACUUUAUAUGAUUAUUCCUCUCCAUUAAGGGUAUCCCUUUCUUAUGGUUAAUUUGCUUAUAGGUGAUUUUUAGUUUAGCAACCUUUAUGUGAAAUUAAGAGAAUGGUGAUAACUGGAGGACACGACAUUUAUUAGAAUGUAUCCAGUCCUCUAGGCACA